AUGAUGUAAUAGAAAAUUUGCUUUGACAAUUAAGAAGAUUUUUUAAACUCUUCUUUAUCCGAUCAUACUGAUCUAGAAAUUUAUCUUAGAUUAAGUUUUGAUUUAAUAAGCAAAUUCAAUGCUAAAAGUUUAUUCUUAGCUUUAUCAAAAUGCAUAAAGCUCAAAAACUUGGCUAUGUAACUCAGUAAUUAGACAAUUUCUGUAUCUGAUUCAUUAGAUUUAGGCUCUGCUAUAACAAAUUGUACCAACAUCUCUGGUUUACUCCUUUUAUUAGAUGGCUGUGGAAUAGGCUAUGAAGGUAUGAAAGGUUUUGCAUCAGGACUAUCAAAAUGCUCUAACCUGCAAACUUUAGGAAUUGACCUAUAGGAUAAUGUCUUUGGAGUUGAAGGAUACUUAGAUUUAGCUUCUGCUUUAUCAAAAUUAUCUAAUCUUACUGAACUCGGUCUUGUGCUUAAUGGAAUUGGUGAUAAAGGUCUUAUAAGCUUAGUCUCUGGUUUAGUAAAUUGCACUAAUCUUAAAGCACUAGCUCUUGAAAUGGGAAGAACUACAAUUUAAUGUGAAGGAGCUUCAACUCUAGGAUCUGUAUUACCGAAAUUAACUAAAUUAAAAAUCUUAUAAAUUAUUAUAGGCACUCAUGAAAUUGAAUGUUGUGGCUUUUCUAAUUUAUUAACUAGUUUAUCUUAGUGCAAUCAACUCAAUAAUUUAAUAAUAGGCAUAAAUCCUCAUGGAGUUGUUGAUUAAGACCAGCUGAAGAAGAAAUUUAUUAAAUUUAAUCCUAAGAAAAUAAAGAAGUUAGUCAAUAUUAAUUAAAUAUAGGAUUGA